CCUCACUGCCUGCUGCGCACCCGAGCGAGCCGCUGUCCCUCGGCCUCCUCGCCAUGGACGUCAAAGUCUCUUCGACCCCUCGGGGCUCCUACCGGAAGUUCCUGGAGCAGCUCUCCGGGGCCGGCAAAGCCAUCGGUGUGCUGACCAGCGGUGGCGAUGCCCAAGGAAUGAACGCUGCUGUCCGCGCGGUGGUGCGCAUGGGAAUAUACGUGGGGGCCAAAGUGUACUUCAUCUAUGAGGGUUACCAAGGCAUGGUGGAUGGAGGCUCCAACAUUGUAGAAGCCAACUGGGAGAGCGUCUCCAGCAUUCUGCAAGUGGGUGGGACGAUUAUCGGCAGCGCACGCUGCAAGGCCUUCCGGACUCGGGAAGGCCGCCUCAAAGCUGCCAGCAACCUGGUCCAUCGGGGCAUCACAAACCUGUGUGUCAUUGGGGGUGAUGGAAGUCUCACUGGGGCCAACAUCUUUCGGAAGGAGUGGAGCGGCUUACUAGAGGAGCUGGCCCGGGAUGGCAAGAUUGAUCACGAAGCCGUGCAGAAGUACGCUUACCUCAACGUGGUGGGCAUGGUGGGCUCCAUCGACAACGACUUCUGCGGCACCGACAUGACCAUCGGCACCGACUCGGCUUUGCACAGAAUCAUUGAAGUUGUCGAUGCCAUCAUGACCACUGCUCAGAGCCACCAGAGGACUUUUGUUCUGGAGGUGAUGGGGAGGCACUGUGGGUACUUGGCUCUGGUGAGUGCCUUGGCCUGUGGUGCAGACUGGGUGUUCCUUCCGGAGUCUCCGCCAGAAGAAGGCUGGGAGGAAAGCAUGUGCGUCAAGCUCUCCGAGAACCGUGCCCGAAAGAAAAGGCUGAAUAUUAUCAUUGUGGCCGAAGGAGCCAUCGACACACAAAACAGACCCAUCACCUCUGAGAAAAUCAAGGAGCUUGUUGUGACACAACUGGGAUAUGACACCCGCGUGACCAUUCUUGGGCAUGUGCAAAGAGGAGGGACACCUUCGGCAUUUGACAGGAUCUUGGCUAGUCGCAUGGGUGUGGAGGCAGUCAUCGCCCUGCUGGAGGCCACCCCUGAGACCCCGGCCUGUGUCGUGUCGCUGAGUGGGAACCAAGCUGUUCGGCUGCCCCUCAUGGAGUGUGUGCAGAUGACUCAGGAUGUGCAAAAGGCCAUGGAUGAGAGAAGAUUUAAAGAUGCUGUACAGCUCCGAGGGAGGAGCUUUGAAACCAACCUGAACACCUACAAGCGACUUGCCAUCAAGCUGCCGGAUGACCAGAUCCCGAAGACUAACUGCAAUGUGGCUGUCAUCAACGUGGGGGCUCCCGCAGCUGGGAUGAAUGCAGCUGUGCGCUCGGCCGUGCGAGUGGGGAUCGCUGAUGGUCACAAGAUGUUCGCGGUCUACGAUGGCUUUGACGGCUUCGCCAAAGGCCAGAUCAAAGAGAUUGGCUGGGGAGAUGUUGGAGGUUGGACUGGCCAAGGAGGAUCCAUUCUUGGGACAAAACGUAUUCUUCCUGGAAAGUACUUGGACAAGAUUGCUACCCAAAUACGUACCCAUAAUAUCAACGCCAUAUUGAUUAUUGGUGGAUUUGAGGCUUACCUGGGACUCCUAGAGCUGUCGGCUGCCCGGGAGAAAUAUGAGGAGCUCUGUAUCCCCAUGGUCAUGGUUCCUGCCACUGUCUCCAACAAUGUACCAGGUUCUGAUUUCAGCAUCGGGGCAGACACAGCUCUGAACACGAUCACCGACACGUGUGACCGCAUCAAGCAAUCGGCCAGCGGGACCAAGCGCCGCGUGUUCAUCAUUGAGACCAUGGGGGGCUACUGCGGAUACCUGGCCAACAUGGGAGGACUGGCUGCUGGAGCAGAUGCUGCCUACAUUUUUGAAGAGCCGUUUGACAUCAGGGAUUUACAGUCCAAUGUGGAGCACCUGACAGAGAAAAUGAAGACCACCAUUCAGAGGGGGCUUGUGCUGAGAAAUGAGAGUUGCAGUGAAAAUUACACCACAGACUUCAUUUAUCAGCUCUAUUCGGAAGAGGGCAAAGGGGUGUUUGACUGCAGGAAGAAUGUGCUGGGCCACAUGCAGCAGGGUGGAGCACCUUCUCCCUUUGACAGAAACUUUGGAACCAAAAUUUCUGCCAGAGCUAUGCAGUGGAUUACCAUGAAGCUGAAGGAGGCCCCUGGCAAAGGUGUGAGAGGUAAAAAAUUUGUUUCUGACGAUUCCAUUUGUGUGCUGGGAAUAAGCAAAAGAAACGUUGUUUUUCAACCUGUGACAGAGCUGAAGAAGGAAACCGAUUUUGAGCACAGAAUUCCCAAAGAACAGUGGUGGCUGAAACUCCGGCCUGUCAUGAAAAUCUUGGCCAAGUACAGGACAAGUUAUGACGUGUCUGACUCUGGUCAGCUAGAGCCUGUGCAACAACAUAAUGGUCACGAAGAGCAUGCGGCCAUCUGAACUCCACCUGCCAGCCGCACUGGACCAACACAGGUGCCUAGGCAGACCUGAAACUUACCGAGGACCGUCCUUUUUUGUAACCUUUAAGUUAUUUAUCUGCGCUUCGUGCAAGUAUUGUUAAUCAAGUGUUGUUGACAGUAAUACCAGAUCAGAGAGAGCACCAGUCACAAUCGGAUCCUGCAAAACCAAGUGCCGUGCUCUGUGCUCAUUCCAGUGAGUUGGCUAUGGACUGUAUGCUGUACUUUCGUGCUUUCAAAUGUGUGUUUCUAGUGGAAUUAAAUAUUUGCCCCAAACUCCCAA